UGUUGCCGUUUGAGCGAUACUUGAAGUGGCGAAAAGCCAAUAUGGCGGCCACACAGGUGUGCGUCGUUCUUCGCUGCGUAGCAUUUCACUUGUAUUUACUGUUUAUUCGACCCCACGAUUCAGUACUCGCACCUCGGCCCGAUCGCGUUCACAUAAAUCGCGACGAGAAUCAAUGAACGCGCGAAAGAGGUUAGGACGGAAUUUGAAGUUGGCUUCUCGCGUACGCGCGCUCGGCGCCAUCGGCGCUACUUUCACCAGGUGUGCCAACAGUCGCGGUCGACGUGCUCGAGAGUGGCAUCGAAGUGGAUGUCCACGUUGUAGAGAUGGCGUAUGGCUCGUUUACACAGGCAUGCGCAGUACUGGCGAAUCUGGCGGCAAUGUGGUUGUGUAUACAGGGUAUUUAAUGCUGUUUAAUUUGGAUUAAUUGUUAUAGAUUGUGACAGAAGUUAAUAUAAAUAUGGGUAUCACCGGGUUGUUGCCGUUCCUAGAAAAGUCUUCAAGAAAGACAAAUAUCAAGGAGUUUUCCGGUGGUACUGUUGCGAUCGAUUCUUAUUGUUGGUUACACAAAGGUGCGUUUUCCUGCGCUGACAAAUUAAUGAUGGGACAAGAAACAAACGCGUACGUUGUGUAUUGUAUGAAAUAUAUAAACAUGCUUUUGAAGUACAAAAUAAAACCCAUCUUGGUGUUUGAUGGCCGACGUUUGCCUGCCAAAGAGCAUACAGAAAAAAAGAGACGAGAAUCCAGAGAAAUGAAUCGUCGUAAGGCAAUGGAAUUGAUACAGAUGGGUAAAAUUGCAGAGGGAACAAAUUUGUUGAGACGAGCUGUAGACAUCACUCAUAAAAUAGCAUUAGAGUUGAUUAAAGAGUGCCAAAGAGAGAAUAUUGAUUGCAUUAUAGCUCCGUAUGAAGCUGAUGCACAAUUGGCAUACUUGAAUAUCAGUGGUAUAGCUGAUGUUGUUAUCACAGAAGAUAGCGACUUGACAUUAUUUGGAUGUAAAAAAAUAUUUUUCAAAAUGGACAUAAAUGGAAAUGGAGUUUUGAUCGAACGAGACCUAUUACAUUUGGCAAUGGAUGUAAGACCUGAACAAUUUGAUAUGGAUAAAUUUCGUCACAUUGGUAUUUUGUCUGGCUGUGACUAUCUUCCUUCUCUCCCUGGUAUCGGCUUGGGAAAAGCACGAAAGUUUAUUACGAGAAAUACAGAUCACAAUAUACACAGAGCAUUGGUACGUGUAGGCUCGGUUCUCAACAUGAAAGGAUUAGUUGUACCACCGGAAUACAGAGACUCGUUUAUAUUGGCUGACAUAACAUUCAAGCAUCAAUUAGUAUUUUGUCCAUUACAAAGGAAGCAAAUAAGAUUGAAUCCACCACCAGCUGAUGUUACUGAGGAUCAAUUGCAAUAUGCUGGGGAAGAAUUGGAUGCGGACCUCGCUUUACAAUUAGCUCUUGGUAAUUGCGAUCCAGCUACUUUAGAAAUGGUUCACAAUUUUAAUCCAGACAAAAUCGAGCGAAAAAGAAAGCGAGAUGCAGAGACGCGACAAAAAAUGAUGAUUCAAAUUAGCAUUUGGUCGAGCGAGUAUAAGUUGAAAAUGAAACGUGAGAUCUCUUCUAAAAAUAUAUUAAAUUCAUCAGUUAAUGAACAAAAGCCUAUUAGAGAAAGAGAAUCUUUAAAGGAUGAAUAUAUCUUAGUAAAUUCGGAUAAUGAUUUAAUUACACCAAGUGAUGGGCUUCCAGAAGACCAAGAUUUAGAUGAAACCAUUUUGAAUACAUACAAGUCAGAUCAAGAUGCUAAAUUAAUCGCAAAUACUAAAAAAGAAUCGGAAGAUUAUUUAUGUUUAGAAGAUGUUAAUACAUCACCAGAAUUAAUUAGACGAAAUCCAUUUAUUAAACGAAUAUCCGAUCUUACAACUUCACCAAGUGUUCUGUCCAACAAAGAUUGUCGAAAAAGAGGAAGAAAUUUAAUGCGCAUAAAACGAACUAUUAUAGAUGAAAAUACAGUAGUGGAAAGCAAAUAUUUCUCGAAACAAGAUAAUGAAAAGCAUAAUGAUAAAUCGGAGAAUAGGGACAUUGAAAUCAAUUUGAAAAGUAUGAAAUAUAAUAUGAUUCCAGAUACUGAUACGAGUGAUAUAAAUGAGGAACAACUAGAAAAAAUGUUAUCUAUAACAGACAUUGCACAAAAUGCAGGUUCAAUGGAAAAUAUUGAUGAUGCUUUUUUGUCAAAUCAAGACAAUUCUUUGACUAAUGCUCACGGAAAUGUUCCUGAAACAACAAACCCUAACAAUAGGAUAGACGAUAUAUUAACAAUGACAACGAUCGAUAAGAAUUAUAUAACAGAUCAUUUUUUAGCACAAAGUUCUAAUAUGGAAGCUAAUGAUGUAAUAAAUUACGAAAAUGCAAAUGGUUCGCAAAAUGAUUUAUUCAAGUGGUCAAAUCUAGAAAAUGGUCAAUUCUUUUCCCCCAAAAGAAACAUAUUUAAGAAACAAAAUUCAACGAGUCUGGUACGAGUUAAUUCAGUGACAAAAAAGAAACAAUUACGUCAAAGUAAACAAUCGCCAUCAGCAUCCAGACAACAAAGUUUGUUAAGCAUGUAUGGCUUUCAAAAAAGUAGCCAGGCCUGCUCUCCGACGCGCCGAUUGGCGCGUUGGCGCGCGCGAUGAUCAGCUGAAAUAACGACGCAUUUCGUAAGGUGGAGGGGAUGGUGGAGGAGGAGGCCAUCUCUCUUCUCACGAUCAACCGUCAGUCGGCGUAGUACCUGGUUCUGUUUCUAUUUAUCCUCCCUAGACCGAGAAGCAAAACGCGGGCCAAAAUUGGAUGAUCCGCUGACGUAAAGGCGUUUCGGACGCAUCCGG